AGCUGGAGCGCAGGGCUCUGGUCCGCCGUGUCCUCCAAGAAAUUCCACGAGGUUCCAGAGGGAUCUCGAACGUAUGGCUCCAAGGCGUGCUGUCUUAGCAUGUCUCUGCAUUUCCUCGAGUGUCGUGCUUUCUCGCGCAGAGCGUGUCAUGACCAUGGACUUUGAGGAAGCCGAAGUCGAGCAGCACGUGCAGCAGGAUCUGGUGCGCAGGGAGAACCAGACCGAGCAGGGCUAUGACAUCAAAGCGAGGCUCGUUGCCGUCCUGAACAGCUUGCUUCCAGUCAUGGUUCCGGGGGUGUCUACGCUGGGCGUGGAGCCGUUGCGGAUCGAUGAGUCAAUGACUGGCUAUCCGGGCACAAUCGAAAUCACCCAGGGUUAGCCUCGGGGGCGCGAUGGCGACGGGGAUCUCAUCAGACAACGUAGCAGCUUUCGAACAUCCAAGCGUGCGUACGGCUCUGUGGCGGAUCAAGACGAGGAGGGCUACGAGAUGGGCAUCAUGCUCGCCGGCACCACGUUGCAUGUGGACGUAAAAUUUAACGAUUUCGAUCUGUCGAGCCUGCUCGAAGGCAAGGAUUAUCUGCAGCCCUUCCGCAGGUUCUUAGUUCUGGAUGGAAUGCUGAGAGCACAGAUCAACGUUCCUUUGCAGCGCAUUGGGUUCGAGCUUGACGAAAAUUACGCUUGGACCGCUUUCAUGAUGGAAGAAGAUACGCAGCACAUCGACGUCAUAGCGACAAACUUCAUUCCACGUAGUCCACCGCACUCGCCACUUGAUCUCGCGACUUUGAAAAAGGAAAUACCUGGUUGGCUGCCUGGCUUCAAUGGAAAGCCUCAGAAUUUCCUCGAUUGGAUUAUGAAGACCCCUAAGAUUGGCGUCUGGCCCAUGAUUGCCAGAAAGGUUGCUAUGAAGGUUGAGCAGAAGUCGCUGGACAGACUAGGGACCACUGGCCGAACUGUCCUUCUCCACGCCUCAAACAACUUUGUUGCCCGUCGCUUUUUCUCGAUAGCAUCUUACGUUGGUAUCGGCGCCACUGACUGCAUGAGCUUGUCCAACGCCGAUUCCCACAGGGGGGGCCAGAAUCCUUCUGAGGACGGGGGAGCUGCCCGAGCCAAAUGACCACUGGAAGCUUACCGCCAUUAGGCCAGAUGCGGCAGGAGAGACGGCCUGCGAGACGCAGGGUGCACCAUGCGGGCCCCUUGCGCGAUCUGUCCUACGAUUGCGUGCUCCCCAGAGGGUAUCGCGAUACCGUUGAGCGUGUUACGGUCGUGCGACAGGUGGAGUUGAAUUUUGCGAUAAUCCUAAUUGUCUACAGUGGUUCAAAAGGGCGACCAUCUGAUCUUUCUCGCUCCACGUUUCACUUCGCCAUCCUUUCCUUCUGCCCUCAUUCCUCCUUUCUCCAGUCCCCUUGGCUGUCUCUCGCCCCAUUCCCUCCAGUGUAUGCUUUUGCCCGCCUGCCUCCAUACCUUGAUCACAUAUGAUCCGAGUGCUUGGACAUUUGGAUACGUCAACAUUGUUUUGUAUGACAAACACAUGACUGCCAGCGUGGAC